ACGCACUUGACGCCUCAUCUGAAACUCAUCUCAAGCUUGCUAGAAUGCUUCUCAAGACAAUUUGAAAGCUGUUCCUGCAACACGAUGGCAAGGUAACAAGAUCCCUCAAAUGCUUGUCAAUGGACAGUGCGAGGCGUGUCUGCAGCGUGGGCCGUGGGGACUGAGAGAGGUAGGACGUACCGUAAGUGGACCCGCGAUCCGUGCGUCUCCACACCACUCCCAUUUACCGGCGGCUGAACUGCAGCGCGGCGGGUGCGAGGAGAAGCGCUCCCUCCUCUUUGACAGUUCGUCAUUUAUUAUAUACGCACAAGGGGGUCGCGGGACGCACAUUUCUCUCGUCGGAGUGGCUUUCACCACACUGGGAGGAAUAAUGCUUUAGCAGACGGUCUAGGAUAUUACUUGGGAUGAUGUUUGGAUACACUGGAGCGGAGGCGAGGACUUCAGAUCGUUGCGUGGAUUAGAUGAUACCGCAUACCCAACGACUUUGAUUAAUCUGGGACGAAAAAAGUAUGUCCGGCACACACGUUCGGGCUCGUUUAGUCGACUAAUCACAAUUGUAAUGUUAUGUGGAUACUCAUCAAGGACAUCGUGCCAGGGUUAUAAACGAGAUAGAUCGUAGGUCCGGCAAUGAAUCGGAGCUCGACAACACUCCAGAAAAACAUUCUCGCACUGUUCGUGUGAUACAGCCCCGUGUCUGAGCGUGGAUGUGUUAGACUCGGUGUCUGUGGUCUGGACGCAUGGAUGCGAUGAUCUCCUUUAGCCGUCAACUCAUCAGAGAGUUCGUGCGAGCGCGCAGAGUACUAUAGGAUUCAUCGGACUCCGACCGGACCUGUUUAAAAAUCAAAGUUAAACACAUCUGUUGUGAGAUCCUGAGAGCAAAAACAAGGUACUAUAGACUUCAUUCAUUCUGACGGAUAUGAAAAAGGGUGGAAUAUUUUAAAGGACAGAUUGGUGUAUCAUAGCGAACAAGUCAAUGACUGCUGUGGAGCUCUUGUAUCUGGCCCAAUAGUGUGGAGUCAUCACGCUCUGGGCUCUGAAGAGAGGACAGAAUGGACGGACGGAGGGACGUCAGAAUGGGGAUUCGACCUUUUGGAAGGAUUGCACCCAUGGAGAGGCUGCUUCUAUGCCUAGCUCUGUUCUUCUUGCCGUCCUGUGCUAUGCAGUGCCCCAAGCGCUGUACCUGCCAGAACUUGUCGCCCUCCUACACCGUGCUGUGUGCCAAAACCGGCCUGCUUUUUGUGCCAUCUAAUAUCGACCGGCAGACCGCCGAGCUGCGACUGAUGGAUAACUUCAUCACCACCCUGCGCCACAAAGACUUUGCUAACAUGAGCAGUCUCAUACACCUCACGCUUUCCCGGAACACCAUCAGCCAGAUCAGACCUUACGCCUUCGCCGACUUGCAGGAUCUGCACGCGUUGCAUCUGGAUGCCAACCGGUUGACGGUUCUGGAUGACACUCACUUGCAGGGGCUGGUUAAUCUACGGCACCUCAUACUCGCCAACAACCAACUUCACAGCAUCUCAGAUGGAGCCUUUCAGGAUUUCUUAGAGACUCUAGAAGAUCUGGAUCUGUCUUAUAACAAUCUGGUGGAUUUACCGUGGGACACUAUAGCUAUGCUCGUCAGCGUCAACACUCUGAGUUUGGACCACAAUCUCAUCGAGUUUGUGCCUGAAGGGAUAUUUUCUAAUCUACACAAACUGGCCAGACUGGAUAUGACAUCCAACAAGCUAAAGAAGAUCCCUCCAGACCCCCUCUUCCUACGCAUCCCUGUUUACGCUAAACUGAAAGGCUCGCCAUUGACGGCGCUGGUGCUCAGCUUUGGUGGGAACCCGCUGCAUUGCAACUGUGAACUGGUUUGGUUACGCCGCGUCACUCGGGAGGACGACCUGGAGACUUGCGCCUCCCCGCGAGAGCUCGCCGGGAAGUACUUUUGGACCAUUCGGGAGGAGGAGUUUGUGUGCGAGCCACCUAUGAUCACCCGUCACACCUCCAAGAUGUUCGUGAUGGAAGGUCAAGAGGUCAGCCUGCGGUGUCGGUCCGUCGGAGACCCCGAACCGACCGUUCAUUGGGUCAGUCCUGACGGGAAGCUGAUUGGCAACACCUCGCGCACUAUGUGCUACGAAAACGGAUCUCUUGAUAUCUUAACAGCCACGGUGAAAGAUUCAGGUGUGUUCACCUGUAUCGCCUCCAAUGCGGCAGGUGAGGCCACUGCUCCUGUGGAAUUAGUUGUAAACCCCUCACCGCAUUACGAUCCCAAAUUGGAUCCCGAACCGGGACCCUCGGACAUGCCUACUUCCAUUAAGUCCAACAGUAGUGGGAGUGGGGGGCAAGCCCGUGCUGAUCAGCGGGUCAGCGUCUCAGAAGUAACCUCAAACUCAGUGAUGAUCCGCUGGCCUGCACAAAAUCACAUCCCAGGAGUGCGGAUGUACCAGAUACAGUACAACAGCUCCACUGAUGACAUUCUCAUAUACAGAAUGAUUCCUGCAUCCCACAAGCUGUUCUUACUGAGUGAUCUGGCCUCGUCGCGGGACUAUGAACUAUGCGUCUUGGCCGUCUACGACGAUGGCAUCACUGCUCUCACUGCUACACGACUGGUCGGUUGCGUUUCCUUCUCUACGGAGCGUGAGUUCGGCCGCUGUCGCUCAAUCCACGACCAGUUCCUGGGUGGCACCAUGAUAAUUGUCAUCGGUGGAAUCAUAGUGGCGUCUGUCCUUGUAUUUAUUUUCAUCCUGUUGAUGAAAUACAAACUGCACAGCCAGCACUACAAGCAGAAGGCUGCCCGUGUCAGUAAUGUUUGUUCUCAGACCAACGGUGGCCAGCAGGGGGCAGCACCAGGCCCUCCGCCCAGGUCGUCUUCGUCCUCUGGCUCUUCCAGCAAGCCCACAGCCCCACUUGGGUCAGAGAGGCAAGAAGGGUCCCACGGCUUAGAGGGGGGUUACGGGGCACUGAGGGGAACAACAGUGGUGGAUUUGAACCCUGAAUACGGAAAAUCAGUAAAAGAAGAAGACUCCAUAUCUCAAUAACACAGGGUCAAACCCCACCUCCCCUCCCAUCUUCACACCUCCACCCAUUCUGUUUUUUAUUUUCUGUUGCUGGGGUCCUGCUGAAUUACUGAGGAUUAUCUCCUGUCCAAGGCAAACUUCAUCAGUCUGAAAACUACAUGCAGAAUGCCAGAUUAAGUGGGAUUAAAGCCAAUCUAUUAGAGGGAAAGAUGUGGGUGGAAGGCAAAUACAACAGCAAAUCUGUGUUCAUUUCCUUAUGCAAGACUCUCCCCACACCUUGGAUAUUAUGUGCCUCUUUGGAGCAUAUGAGCAAGUUGUUUUUUCCUCCCAAGAGAAAGGAAUCAUCAAAACCCUUUUAUAGAAACAACAAACUCAUCCGUCUGGAAGUAAGUUGCUGUUGUUGUUUUCUAAACAAGAAAAGUAUUAUGAUAAAAUAUCAGUGUUUGACGGAGGAUGAAGCUCAGAUCUCACAGAUGGUCCAGUGCCAAAGGAUUGACAUAUCUGGAUUUAAUGUUCUCUCAAGGUUUGUGUGGACGCAGACUUAUCAAAGUUCAAUAAAAUAUUGACGAGUCGGUAUCGAGUUAACAUUUGUGGACCUUCAGGAGCACUUUAUAAUGGAUUGGUCUGUGUUGUGUAAGCUAAUGACUCUGGCGCCCUCGCUUUAUUUGGAACCUGAACACACGGAUCGAUAUUCAGCUGAUUAACAAACAUGGGGAGUGUGUUCUUGAAAUCUGGAGAUUAGGUCAAACAGGGGAGGCACCACCAGAACAUUGAUCAACACACUGCACUAAAACUUUCAGAAUAUCAUGUGUCAACGACGAUUUACAGUAAGGUGGUUUUGAAAACUCGUGCAGACUGACUGAAAAGCAGACUGUAUGAAAGCAGUGUAGGCCGUGAAAAAAUGCUGUAGGCCAUCCGGUCUGCUGAAAUAAAUACUGUUCUUAUUUUCCUCAGAUUGACUGUAUACGUAUUUGUAUGUGAAGUACACCUUCAGCCAUCUCUGAUUUUAAUCAUUUUUAUUUUGAAGAGAAAAUAAUAAAAAUAUGGGAUGGAAUUUUAUGCUUUCAUAGGUACUCUAUGUGGAUUUAUAAAGAAA